AUGCUGAGCAUCCCGAGCAUGCUUCGUGUCACUGGCCACCUCGAAAGGAUGAGUCCUGGCAAAAGCUGCGGUAAGGCUAAGACGAAGGACGGAGACUUGAUUGAGUUUGAGAUGCCGAUCCUGGACAAAGGUCGCAACCCCAAGUGGACAUAUGUUGUUUGCUGUUUGCACAUGCAAAAACCUCAAGCAUUGGACUGA